AUACGUCAACGCAGCCGCCAUCUUAAUCCGGUCAUCAGUGCCCUGCAUAAAUAUUUAUGAGUGCGCUAUAAACAGAAGCAACUGAACGGAGAUGCAGUGAUAAAAUGCAGUAACGCUUAUAUGUAUUGACUGAUUAUAGUUUUAUGUUAGAAAAAUUCAAAAUUCCCUCUUUUUUGACGCCUGAGCAAGAGCUGGAGGAAGCAGUACCGGAAGUGAACCAGUGCGCAUGUCUAAACGGUCGCAGCAGAUUUGGCGUUUGGUUUGAAUGGGUUGUUGCAGCGAGUUAGCGACCGAAGCGAAAACGAGAGACGACAACAAAUAAUAUUAUGUAGCCACAAAAUGGCUGGUUUAUCUAACCUUACGGGGUUAGUCUCCGAGCCGUCCGGAGAAGCAGAGUCGUCCGUCUCCUCCGUGAGCAACAGAAGUUUGCGUUUGGCAGAAAAAGAGAAGAAAAAAGGCGAGGCGGAUCCCUUUACUGCAGCGGCGAAGUAUCUGUCUCAAUUUAAAGCUGGCACAACAGUCAGAGGCAAUGAUGAGCUGGAGAGGAGUAUUUUGGUGGUGGAGACGGUGGCUGUCAGUAAGGGUCUUCCCCCUGAGGUCAUCACAGUGCUGCUGGAUUUGGCCUUGAGUCUCAAUGCAGGAACUCCAAACUGUUCCCGGAUACUGAAAUUUCUCAUCCCUGCCACAGUAGUGCCACAGGAGGCCAUUGUGAAGGGGGUAUCAUGGCUGUGUGUGGGGAAAAUGCCAAUGAAUGCGCAGGUUCUAUUUCUCCGCUGGGUACUCACUGUUUUUGACCUGAUUGACUGCAAAGAUGACUUAAGAUCCAUUUAUGGCUUCAUUUUCAGCUUUGUGACAGAAGAAACUCUGUGCCCUUUUAUUUGCCACUUGUUAUAUCUUUUAACCACACGGGAACAUGUUCACCCGUACAGAGUCCGGAAACUGUUGGAUAUUCAGGCAAAAAUGGGCAGACAACCAUUUCUCACACAACUUCUAGCCCUCUACAAAGUGUUUCGCCCAGACUUAGUGACACUCUCUCUUCCGUCAAGAGCAAGGACUGGGUUCAAGAACCACAACUCCACCUGGAAAGUGGCUCUGAGUGCAGUGCAGAGGAAGAACAAAGGUGCUGUUUUAGUCGACCAGAGCCUCAGCGUGGAUGUGAAAGAGAAACCAUCCUCUAGAAAAAGGAAGCGACAUCACCUAGCAGUGCCUCCCUUGAGCUCAGCAUUUGAUAGUAACUCCAGCAAGAAGGGGUUACGUCUGCAGGAGCUCCGUUCCUUCAAAGAGCUACUGGAGAACAUUCACAAUAUAGAGCUGCCUGCCCAGAUGGGUUCGAUGCUGGGAUCAACUCUGGCUCUGCACUACCUGGACUGUGUACAAGACGAAUCUGCCUUCCUGCGGCUUAACUUUUGGCUCGGACAUUCGUUGCAAGAGGAGUUUUUACUCUGUCCUGUGGAUGGGAGUUCAGACAACACUUCUGAAGCCUGUCGCUUCCUAAACACCAUCCUCUUCUCACAGCAGUUCCUCCAGGAGGGUUUCUCCAGCACAGAGAGCUUCCUUUAUAAAUUCUUGAGUGUGUGGGAUGGAUCUCUGCUUCGGCCACAGAUUCUGGAUCUUCUCAGUGACAUCCCCUUGAUGCCAAGCUUCUACAUGAACAAGCUUCUCUUUGAGCCGCUGAAGCAGCUUUAUUUUACCUCGACAGUAUUUUUCAAGUGUAGUGUCAUCGAGUGUCUGAAUAGCAUGCUGGUGAAGUGGCUGACAUGGCACUCAGUUAGUGCAUCAGAGGGCAGUUUGGAUAUCAGUCUUAACAGCAACAGCACCAUGACUAUGACCUUGUCUGGCUUCAUGGACUCCGUUAUGGAGCUUGUGCGCUUUGUGGGACUGCUGGCGUCUGAGGGACUCCGUCUGGAGAACUGCCACGUUCUUCUGCUCAACCAGACACUCGCCUUCUAUGAGACGGUGUGUGAUAUGUUUCUCAAGUACAGUUUGCCUCUGAUCAUCAUGCCUCCUGCUGGGGUUUUCUACCCAGCUCUGUUUGCCAUAGACUCGAUCAGCCUGGAUCGGCUCGGCUACAUCAUGUACAGGUACCGGAUGAAUCUGACCUUGGCGAAGCAACAAAAGCAGCAGAGAGAGCAAACGUUCCACAUUAGCAGAAACGCAUACAAGGAGUUUAACCGGAACCUUCAAACCAUGGUGAACUCCAUGUGGAAUUCCCAGUGGUGCAUCCCUGGUUCAGACCUGGAAAUCAACAAGGAUCUGAUCGCUCUGAGCAAAAUAGCAGAACCCUGGUGCUGUUUCGACAUCAUCCACCAUCCGGCGCUUUUCAGCUACGCCAUCGAGUUUCAUCAGCGGUGUUGGCCGGAGCGGAAGGAUGUGGAUCUCGGUUCCAUAAAGACCGGGAAGUACUGGAACUGGUACAUGGAGUUUCUCUUUAAUCAGGGCUUUGAUGGACUCAACAACUUUAUUCGGACCAACACUGGCCACGGUCCGUCAUCGAGUAGUCAAGAUGACAGGCAGCCCUUGAGUCAGAAUUGUCACUGACAAACCUGUAAAUACGAACUGUACAUUACAAGCUGUUGUGUUGCUUUCCAGUCUUGUGUAUAUGUAGCCUUUUUGCUUUCUUUCUUUUGUGCAGAGAAAACAGAACUUAAACAUUGUGAUAUUUUCAUGUCUAAGAUUGACAGCUUGUAUAUUAUUCAUUUAAACAAUAAGGCUCUACAUUUGUUUCGCUGUUAAUAAUAAGUCCUUUGUUCCAG